GGUGUCAAUUCAGGCUCAUGUAGGUCGGGUCGGGCCCGCUUCCCCAUCCCUAGGGAAAUGUGAUGACCUAGCGCCUCCUCAGUCAAUUCCCGCUCUUCAACAAUUGAAAUAGGUCACCCUGCCGCUUCCCCAUCCUAGGGAAACGACGUUUCUUUCACUCUCCAUCUCUAUCCUAACCCAUCUAUCCUGACUCAAAAAUAACAAAAAACGAAAAAAAAUCCAUCGAUUCCCUGCACUUCCAUGUCUUCUUUGUCUACGCAUCACACCUAUAGCCGAAAGCAAAAAUCUCUCGGCCUCCUGUGCACCAAUUUUUUGAGUUUGUACAACAAGGAAGGUGUGCGAUUAAUCGGUUUGGAUGAUGCAGCUUCACGAUUAGGAGUAGAAAGACGAAGGAUCUACAUCGUUAACAUUUUAGAGAGUGUGGGGUGCUAGCUAGAAAAGCUAAGAAUCAAUGUACCUGGAAAGGGUUUUCUGCAAUUCAUGUAGCCUUGCAAGAACUUAAGGAUGAGGGUUUGAAGGACCGAUGACUCCAAUCCAUCCAUCCAUUAAGUUAGUAUUAACCAAUUGUUUUAGGUACAUGAUGAUGAGGACGAAGAAGAAACGUUCCCCAACAUUAAUACUGGGAGUCAGAAUGUUAUGGUCAAAUCCUCCUCCAAGAAUGUUACGUCUAAUUGAUCCCAUGUUGGACUCAAUUCAUCAUCAUUCACAAUACUAUUCCGUUUGUUCAUUCAAAAGUACUAAACUUCCGUUCAGCACCAUUCCAACCCAUUUCCAGACCUGCACUUAAAGAGCAAUGGUUGAGUUAAUAUGUUUUAAGUCUUGAUUUGUGAUUGUGAAUGGAUGGAUGUUCUUCUGUUUGAGAAAGAACUGCACGCUGUACAAAAACAGAAGGGAAAAAUCUCUGGCAUUGCUUACACAGAAUUUUGUCAAGCUUUUUGUCUGCUCUAAUUUUGAAAUGAUCUCCCUUGAUGAAGCUGCAAAGUUGUUGCUUGGAAAUGCCAAUAAUAGAACAAAAGUUAGACGCCUAUACGAUAUUGCGAACGUUUUAUCCUCCAUGAACCUAAUUGAGAAGGUGAUAUUCUCCUCAGUUCACUUUAAAUUUCCCCAUAGAGCAUUACAAUGGAAGUGUUGCUUUCUGUAUUCUGUUCUAAUAAAUUACAGUAAGCUUAUGAUGAGUUUACGAAGGUUGCAGACCCAUACAACAAACACAAGAAAACCAGCAUUUAGGUGGUUGGGUGUGAGAGGGAAAACAUGGAGUGAAUCAGCUCAGACAAAUGUUAAAGAGUCACAGAAAAGGAUGUUUGGAUCUGACAUAACAAACAUAAAUUUUAAAAGGAAAGUUGAUUUGUCCAUGGAUGGCCAGAACUUUAAAACGCAAAACCAACAGGAAAAUAUUAGUCCCAGAGCUCAGCUGGAGAAAAAAAGCUUAAAAAAAGAUGCAAAACAGACUUCAAUGAGCUAUCAGUUUGGCCCUUUCGCUCCAGCUUAUGUGCACAAAGUUGGAACCUCUGAAAAUAAUAGUGUGAAACAGGUGCAAGACUGGGAAAGCCUCGCACAGGAGCAUCGUCCUCAAUAUCAAAACCAAGCUUUGAAAGAUCUAUUCUCUCACUACAUGGAAGCAUGGAAAUCUUGGUACUCUGAAGCUGCUAAAACUUUAUAAUUGACUUGUCCAAAGUCAGUCAGAUAAUUGCAGCUUUCUAAAAAAAGAAAUGAUCCAUUACUGAACGUGUGUUUUACAUGCUUUAGUGUAUUCUCAAUAGAAAAGGAUCCAUUGUUGAA